AUGACGGACACGGCGACGGCUAACGGGGACGAUCGGGACCCCGAAAUCGAGCUCUUCGUGAAGGCUGGAAUCGAUGGGGAAAGCAUUGGCAACUGUCCCUUCUCUCAGCGCCUCUUUAUGAUCCUCUGGCUGAAAGGAGUUGUGUUCAAUGUCACCACGGUGGAUCUGAAAAGAAAGCCUGCUGACCUGCACAACCUCGCCCCUGGUACCCAUCCGCCCUUCCUGACAUUCAACGGGGAUGUGAAGACAGACGUCAAUAAGAUCGAGGAGUUCCUGGAGGAGACUUUGACCCCUGAAAAGUACCCCAGACUGGCUGCGAAACAUCGGGAAUCCAACACGGCAGGCAUCGACAUCUUCGCCAAGUUCUCCGCCUACAUCAAAAACACGAAGCAGCAGAGCAACGCUGCCCUUGAGCGAGGCCUGACCAAGGCCCUGAAGAAGCUGGAUGAUUACCUGAACACCCCUCUGCCGGAGGAGAUCGAUGCCGACACUCGCGGGGAUGAUGGAAAGGGCUCCCGGCGCAAGUUCCUGGAUGGGGAUGAGUUGACACUGGCCGACUGCAACCUGUUGCCCAAGCUCCAUGUGGUCAAGAUUGUGGCCAAGAAGUACCGCAACUACGAUUUCCCGGCUGAGAUGACGGGUCUGUGGCGGUACCUCAAGAACGCCUAUGCCCGGGACGAGUUCACCAACACCUGCGCGGCCGACAGCGAGAUCGAGCUGGCCUACGCGGACGUGGCCAAGCGCCUCAGCCGAUCCUGA